AAACUGUUGGGAAUCCGACCUCCACAGUGUGCACGGGCAAAAUCCGUGGGAGGGCCUCGAAUUAGACCGGCGGAGCAAACCACGACAGGCCGUUUCUGCGAUUUCUCAGUCUCAGAAAGGAAUGCAGCCACUCAGGGGGCGCCGAGAUAUUGACAGUUAGCGUGGAUACAGAAUCUGACACCGUUCCGUGGUUCCACCGGAGCUUUCUCAUAGGUGUGGCGAGAGGCCUUCCAGAAGAAGCCAGGAACACGAUGCGCCUAAUUGGGUCUCCUCAGUGGCCGCUGAUCACUGACCCUAUUCAUUAUGGUUUUCCUACAAAAAUUCGGAAAGCUGCACACGGCUUUUCUUUCGCACAAUUCAAUUCCCUCUGUGUGAUAUUUGGUGGGAUUCAUAGUCUGCAAAGAUGACUUUGACCGAGUUGCGCAAGAAGGAGCCUAUUGUGACGGUGGUGGAAGUCGAAGAUGACACCGUUCCCAAUCUGAAAGACCUCAAAGAUGCUAUCCCCAAGGAAUGCUUCGACUCCUCGGCCGUCACCUCCCUCCUCUACGUUGCCCGUGACAUCCUCUACUGCGCUAUCCUGACCUACGCUGCCUUCCACAUCUAUCUCCUCCCUACAUUGGAGCUGCGAAUCAUUGCCUGGGCUGUCUAUGGCUUCUUCCAGGGCUGUGUUGGCACGGGACUCUGGAUUUUGGCCCAUGAGUGCGGCCAUGGUGCUUUCUCCCGCCACCAGAAGCUGAACGACUUUGUCGGCUGGGCCCUUCACUCUUUCUUGAUGGUGCCUUACUUCUCCUGGAAGAUCACCCAUGCUCGCCACCACCGCUACACCGGUCACAUGGAGAAGGAUACCGUCUUCGUGCCCUGGACCGACUCGCAGUUGGCCAAGAAGAAGAACGUGCGCAUCGAGCAGUUGAAGCACUUGACUGAGGAGACCCCGAUCGUCUCUUUCGUCCAGCUCAUCGGUCACCAGCUCAUGGGCUGGCAGCUGUACCUCUUCCUCAACGUCACCGCUGGCCCGAAGAGUUUGCCCGAGAACCGUCCUCUGAAGGGCAUCUCCAGCCACUUCAACCCCUUCGGCCCUAUCUUCACUCGCGCUCAGUGGGUCAGCAUUGCGCUGUCUGACUUGGGUCUGCUCAUCAUGGGAUCUGUUCUGUACUAUGCCUCUACCCAGAUCGGAGGCUGGAACGUUGUUCUCCUAUACGUGAUCCCCUACUUCUGGGUUCACCACUGGUUGAUUGCCAUCACGUACCUCCAGCACACCCACCCUGCCGUUCCUCACUACAGUGCCGAGACCUGGACCUACACCAAGGGCGCUCUGGCCACCAUCGACCGCAGCAUUGGCUUCAUCGGCCGUCACUUCUUCCACGAGAUCAUUGACUAUCACGUUGUUCACCACCUGUUCAGCCGCAUUCCCUUCUACCACGCGGAGAAGGCUACCAAGGCCAUCCAGCCCAUGCUCGGCGCCAACUACCACGAGGAGAAGCAGGAGAGCUUCUUGUACUCUCUCAUGACGACUUUCAGAAAGUGCAUCUAUGUGUCCGAUAAAGGAAGUGGCAAGAGCGAGGCGCCUGGUGUCUUCCACUUUGUCCUCGCCGAUGAGAGAAAAUAGUUCAGGGUUGGAUCUGUCUGUUCGAU